AUGGAGAAGUGUUCAACACUCUCAAGCUACCAAACCAAGAAGCCUUUAUAAAUACCAAAGCUUUCCGAGUCUCCAAGAGUUCCAUUCCAGUACCUUUUUUCUCAUCUUUUUAUUUCCAUACACAUCCACAUUCCUUUUCACACCUUCAAGCCAUAUAUUUCAAAUUCGUUUUGGUUUUAUUAGUUGUGAUGAAGAGAGAAAGAGAGGUUGAGAACUUAACCAUGGCAAAUUGUUUGAUGUUGCUUUCUCGUGGAAGUGAUCAAUUUGAAGCCACCUAUUCCAACACUUCCAUGAACAACAACAACAACAACCACCGUGUCUUUGAGUGCAAGACAUGCAACAGGCAAUUCCCUUCGUUUCAAGCACUUGGCGGCCACAGGGCUAGUCACAAAAAACCUAGGUUGAUGUCUGGGGACAUGGAUCCUCAAUUGCUUCAUGAUUCACCCCCAAAACCUAAGACACAUGAGUGCUCCAUUUGUGGGUUGGAGUUUGCCAUAGGGCAAGCCUUGGGGGGCCACAUGAGGAGGCAUAGGGCUGCAAAUUUGAAUGGAAUCGCACACAAUUCGACAACUUUGAGUAGUAGCAGCGGUGGUAGUCGCAGUUUUGAUUCUUCAUCAACGAAGAAAGUUGGCGACAAGAAGAUUUUGGUUUUGGAUUUGAAUUUGACACCCUUUGAGAAUGAUUUGGAGAUUUUGAAGAUUGGGAAGCCAACUACUUUGGUUAAUUAUUUUUAUUAAUUGAUAUGUUAAGUACUGUUAAUUAAUUGAACUUAGGGAGGUGUAGUUUGUGUAUCAUAGACAGAUGAAUGUUUUUUUUUUUUUUUUAAUAAUAUGGAUGGUCUAUAUUUGGUUAUCAUAAUGUAACAAAAAUUGUUCA